AUGACUCUAGCACAAUCCACAUCCCCACUAGCUCCCAUCGGUGUUUCGGCGGCCCUCCAAGCAGCCCAGGAUAAAUCCCUCCAGCCAAAGCCAAAGAUCUUCGACGAAUUCGCACUUACAGACCGGGUAGGUAUCGUUUCGGGAGGCAACAGAGGUCUAGGACUCGAGAUGGCGUUAACUUUAUGUGAAGCUGGUGCUCGAGCGAUAUAUUGUUUUGAUCUCCCUACAACGCCGUCUGAGGAAUGGAAGAAGACGCGCGAGUUUGUGGAGAGGAUGGGUAAUGGGUCGAGGUUGGAAUACGUGAGCGUUGAUGUGCGAGAUCAGAAGGAGGUGUGGGCAAAGGGCCGAGAUAUCGGAGAUAAAGAGAAGAGGAUGGAUGUGUGUGUUGCGGCUGCUGGGAUUUUGAAGACACAUACGGAUUGUUUGGAGUACCCUGCUGAACAGUUUGAGGAUGUUAUGGAUGUGAAUACGAAUGGUGUGCUGUACACGGCCCAAGCUGCGGGGCAGCAAAUGGUUAGGUUUGGAAAUAGGGGGAGCAUCAUCUUGAUUGCCUCCAUGUCGGGGAGUAUCACGAACAGGGACCAUGCGUGGGUGUCAUACAAUACCAGCAAGUCGGCUGUGCUUCAAAUGGCCCGUAGCAUGGCUUGUGAACUUGGAAAGAAGGACAUUCGCGUCAACUCCCUUUCUCCUGGUCACAUUUACACCUCGAUGACCGCCGCAUACCUGGACAAGCAGCCCCACCUUCUAGACAAGUGGUCUGACUUGAACCCAAUGGGACGUAUAGGAAGGACUGACGAACUUCGAGGGGUUAUUGCUUGGCUGGCUAGUGAUGCGUCGAGUUUUUGUACGGGAAGCGACAUCAUUGUAAGUGGAGGACACCAUUCGUGGUAG